UGUUGCUUUUAUUCAGUCUUUCUUUUGCGCUGGUCUGGUAGUCGACUUGUUAUUUGGUGUUUAUCGCGUGGCAGCUAAGCAACGUUUAUUAAAUUUAAAAAUAAAUUCUAAAUAUAAAUUGUGAAAAUUAUAGUUAACAAAUUGUAAAACGAGUGUACAUAUUUCAAUCGAUACAGCGACAAAAAGCUAGCAAGUAUCUGGUUUGCUAACUUGGUAAAAAAUUUCCAAUUGGAUAUUUUCAGUUGCAUACUUGAAAUCAAGCCAAUUGCUGUUGUUGAUCGUGUCGUUCGUUCUGUUCGAGUUUCAAAAGUGCACAAAGCAGAAAAGCAAAAAUAGUGUGUGAAAUUGGUGUGAAACGAGGACCGAAAGAUCUGUAAAAGGCGAAUUCUUGUUAAAGCUUCACCCUAGUACACAAACAACGUCUGACACCAACUGGAAUUUUCUGAUUGAAUUUCUUUGUGCUGUUUGUUAGGAGUUUUAAGUCAUAUUUCUAUUCUAUAGUUUGUGAAAACCAGCAACAAUCAUUCGAAAUUCAUCUAAAACAAUAAAUAUUAAAUUUGGAGCUAAAUUUUCUGCACAAUAAUAAAAUUUCAAAUCGGCGACUCAAGUUUAAUUUUGCAAAUUGUAAAAAGGAAGUGCGUGAUAGAUAUAAUAGAACAAACGGGUUUAACAAAGGCAUUUCGCGUGUGCGUCUGAAGCAAAAUUAAGGUGACACAAUUUUUUGGGCAUAUUUGUCCAUAAUCCUGUGAAAAAGUUUACUGCACUGCAACAGCGUCUUUUGGGUGAGGCAUAUAGUCGUGCGCACGCGUGAUCUACGGCAUCAACAGGCAAAGUAAAUUGACGAUCAAGUGAAAAAAAUAGCAGCUACUAAAUACGAGCAGGAACGUCGCAAAAUGAAUAAAACUUGUGCACGUUGCCAGAAAGUGGUGUAUCCCAUCGAGGAGCUUAAGUGCCUGGACAAAACAUGGCACAAGACAUGUUUCAAGUGCACAGAAUGUGGCAUGACAUUGAAUAUGAAAACAUACAAAGGAUACAACAAAUUGCCAUAUUGCGAAGCGCACAUUCCAAAGGCCAAAGCGACAGUCAUUGCAGACACGCCCGAACUGAAGCGAAUAGCUGAGAAUACAAAAAUCCAAUCGAAUGUUAAAUAUCACGAAGACUUCGAAAAAUCCAAAGGCAAAUUUACACAGGUCGCCGAUGAUCCCGAAACAUUGCGAAUCAAGCAGAAUACAAAAAUCAUUUCGAAUAUUGCGUAUCAUGGUGAUCUAGAAAAGAAGGCCGCUAUGGAAAAGCAACGAGAAGCUGCCGAAAUAGCCGAUGUGCGAGAGGAAACGGAGUAUUUCUCUGAAACAUUGGCUGCCGAACAAUUCUCACAAUAUGCUCCCACACCACCAACAGCAGCAGCUGCAGCAGCCGCCGCAACACUGCCACCGCCACCAAUACAGCACCAGCAACACAACACGGCGGCAAUUAUAUCCAGCAAUCAGGCAGCUAGCGCCAGUAAUACACACAUUUACAGUAGCCAACAACAGGUGGCAGCACAGCAGCAGCAGCAGCAUCAGCGGCAACAACAACAACAACAGCACAACACUCAAAGUCACAAUCACAGACAACAAACACACGAACCGACACAGCAACAGCAACUGCAACUGCAACAGCAACAACAAACCCAAACACAUCAACACCAUCCACACUAUCAGCCACCACCACAACCACAAUCACAACAACACUCACAUCAACAGCAAAUACACCAACUACAACAUCAGUUGUAUCAAGCACAACAACAAGCCACACAACAGCAACACUAUCCACAACAUACACAGCAACAGCAACACCAACACCAACAACAUGAACAAUAUCAACAUUACCAGCAGCCACAGGCGCUGCGGCAACAAUAUCAACUGCAUCAGCAGCAAUUGUUGAAGCAACAACAGCAGCAACACCAUCACCAACACCAACAACAAUUGUUGCAACAGCAACAGCAACAACAACCAAUUAAACAAACAUCACAUUUGUAUCCAACAGCGGCCGCAAACCAUUCAUCCCAGCAGCAGCAGCAGCAGCAGCAGCAGCCGCCGUCGAACACCUACAACCAGCUGCGCUCAGCAAUUUUGCAGAAUUCUCAUCACCCAACUGGUGCAGCGCAAGCAGCACAUCUCAACGAAAAUGUAACCAACGCCGGCGGCGGUGGUGGCGGCUAUAGCAGCGGCGGCAUGACCAACCAUGCAACCGGAGGCGGCGGCACUUACGAUCAAUACGACAACUACACACGUGCCGCUACGGUCAACAACAACAACUUGACUUAUCAGCAGCAACAACAACAACAACAACAACAGGCACAGUCACAGUCACAGUCACAGUCACAAAAAGCCGCCUCUUAUCACAGCAACAGCAAUUCGGCUAGCGCUGCUAAUGCCAACAAUGGCGCUAGCGCUGGCAGUGGCAGCGGCGUGCCUCAAACUACACAACAACUAUACGCCAGCAACAACUAUAACAGUCACUUUUCGUCGAGCACUUCAUUGGGCGGGGCAACAGGCAAUUUGGCGCAUCACAACAGCAACGGCACCGUUAGUACCGGUGCUGGCGUUGGCGGCAGCAACAGCAACAGCAACAGCAAUCACUCGCACAGUCACAGUCACACAAGCGCCGGUGGGCUGGUAAAUAAUGGCAGUGCAACAGCUGUGGCGGUGAAUAGCAUUGGCAAGAUCGCCGACUAUGAUCCGUUGACCGAUGGACCACGUCCCAUGCCGAACACCGGAAGACCCAGCACAACGCUCAUUUACAGCUCUGAUAGUCGCGGUUCGGUGAACAACGCCUACCCGAAGCGUAUCGGUUCAAUCGCUGACAUUGAUCCUGCAAAUGGCAUUUAUAGCUCGUUGGCUGGCGAAUCGGCAUCGCAUCAUCAGUUACAUCAGCAGCAGUCACAACAACAGCAGCAACACCAACAACAACAACAACAGCUAUUGCAUCAGCAGCAGCAACAGCAUGCGCUUCAUCAGCAACAGCAGCAACAACAGCAACAGUAUUAUCAGCAAAUGAUACAACAACAAUCGAAGUCAAGUCUGCGUGUCUACCGUGCUCUAUACGAUUACGAAGCCCAAGAUACCGAUGAAGUGAGCUUCCGUGAAGGCGAUGUUAUAUUUGAAGUAGAAUCAGCCGAUUCUGGUUGGAUGACCGGACGCGUCGAACGCACUGGCAAAACCGGUAUGCUGCCCGCCAACUAUGUGGAGCAAGCCGUUAUAUAAUAGGGAAUGUUAUAUUAUUGUUGUUGUCAUCACCAAUUUGUUGUAAUACUAAUUUGUAUUCUUUAUUUAGUAGUCGUAUUAAUAUUCUUCAUUAACAUAUUUAUAGCUGAUAGCAAUAAUGAUUAUGAGAAUGAACACUUAAAGAAUUUCGAUGAUGACAAUUAUCACAGCCACAAUCACCAU